GAAUAUCGAUGUAGUUAUCGCUUUGAAAAUAAACAGAAAUGUCUUUAUUACCGAAGAAUGAUUCUAUGUUUUAGCGCAUCUGUUCUGCUUCAUAUUUUCUUUGUUAAAGCUUACACAGAUGAACUAAUCGAUAUAUCAUUUGGUCAACGAGAUUCUGCCUUUCUUAUCAAUGACAAUCGAAGUCUUGAAUAUGAUUCGCCAACAUAUUUUGCAUCUGCUAGCAAUUCGGAUCGUUAUGAGAUAGGUGCGUCAUUAGGAUUUUUGCACAGUUCUCUAACUAUCCUGGGUGAUAAACUGAUUGAAAAUUCGAAGCUUCAUGUUACUGUACAUACUUUUGAUACAGAGAUAAGUGAAGAAACAAAAACACUACACGUCCUGUGCCACGCAAGUUACUAUGGUAAAAUCAGUGAAUUAGGAUUAGAAACAAGAAGUGUGUGUUGCAUAAUAUCUAUCAAUGCUUCGUACUUCAAUGAGCUGACAUCUUGUGUACUGGUUAUUGAUCAAGCUAAUGAAAACUGGAUAUGCCAUGCAUCAAUUCAACUUCCACCAGCCCUUUGGAAGCAAAAUCGGUCGCCAGAAGUUACUCUUGCAUAUACAUCAUCAGGUUUUGUUUCAAAUUCGGACAAUGUCAAACAGUAUAUCAUUCACGACAAUUUUAGGAAAUGUCAUACAUCAGUUAAUAACCAUAAAUUAUCAUUUACUUCUAUUCCAUCAGUUACCAUUGCACAUUCAGUCCCAGAUGCUAUUCGUGAAUUAGGGAGAAGCCUAUUGUUACAGAUUCCGAGGAGGGAAUUGAAAACAAAUGAAGAAUUUUUUGUAACUGUUCGACUAAAACGCUUUGACGAUGUUUCGGAUUUUACUUUGAGUUCAAAUUUUCAUAAAUCCUCUUGGACAAAUCAAAUGAAUUCAACUGAAGCGCUACAAUUUUUUCAAUAUUUCAGAAUUCGUAUUAUGGCAAGAUUUAUUCUGGCGAGUUCCAUUCUGCAUGAUAAAGAUGUUCUUGGCGGACAGAUGAAUCAAUAUGUCGAUGUGACUGAGUUCACAGCGCAUCGAUUACGUUUAGAAUAUACACAUGAACAAUUUAUGCAAAAUCAUAAUCAUACCAGUGGAUUAUUGAAUACACAUAGAAAUAACUCGCGAUCUGUGUUGGAUUAUCGAAAUUUUAAAUCACCUGCACGUUUGUUGACCAUCGGUGGUGAUGAUGACGAUAGUGAUGCCUCCUCCUCCUCAUCAUCAUCGUCGUCGUUCACAUCAGCAAGAAAAUCAUCCCAACUGAAUACAUUGAUCAUGAAUAAACCAAUGAAAAAAUCAUACAAACCAUUACGUGUAUGGAUUGUUGGCCAACAUAUUGGACAAGUUCGUAUUUAUUUAACACCAAUCGAUCGAUCCUUAUUGAAUGCAUUUAUUCCACCUGGUUUAAUAAAACAACUGAAAGAGAAUACACCGAAAUCUUUGGGGAAUUUAUCAAUUGACACCCAAGAGUUCAAUAAUCAAUCAUUAAAAAAUUUAAAUGAUCCAUUGAAAAUGCCAAGUAUUAUUGUACAAGUGACAGAUGAAACAAGUAUAUGGCCUGUUGGUAUAUCUGCACAAUUAGUAACAGAUUUCUCUAUGUCUAUCAGUCAAACAUCGAAUAUGGAUGAUACACAACAGCAAAGAACAAGUUCAACAUUGUCAUCUUCAAAUAAUAAUAAUAAUAAUAAUAAUCAUGAUCAUGGUGAUCAAUCAUUCUCAAUAUCAUCUUCACAACAUAUGCCUAUUCUAUCUGGGAUUUAUUCAAUGAAAUUUAAUUUAAAAGGCAGUAAACUAACUCAUAGUGGAUCAAUCAAUUCAGCCUUCAAUCAACCCAAUUUUAAUAAACACCAACAACUGUCCACAUUAUCAAAUGAUAAUAAUAGUAGUACUAAAACAGAACCAAUCACUGAUGUGACAAUGGCUAAUUCUAUAGGAUUUCUUGUCGUAUGGAUCCAUUUAUCAGAUGGUUCGUCGAUUCUAUGGAACCGAAUGGUUGAGAUUUAUGAACAACUCUAUGGAAAAGAUAAAAUACCAUUAAAUUUAUCCCUGAAAAAUUGUCGACCUGAUUUAUUCUGGAUUGAAACAAAUUCUCCAGGGAUAGUUGAACGAAAACAACGUUCUGUCAGAAGAGCCUCACGUGUUCCAUCUGUAUUCUCAUCGAAAUCUUCAUUGUUCACACAGAACACUCAUCAAUUUCUUGGAUUAUCCCGCCGUUCAAUCCGUAUGAAGCCGCAUUUACUACGAACUGGUGAUCGUGCCGUACCGUUAAAUCAACCCGCGUCGUAUCAAAGUAUGUUAGGUAAUAGAAAUGAAAAGAAUAGUACAAUCAUUAAUGCAAGUAAUUAUUGGUCUGGUCCAAUCGUAUGGUUUCUUCAUAAAAAAAUGAAAUAUUCCGGUGAUAUAUUAGAAGUGGGUUUGACAUCACCAAGUGGAAAUCUUCUAGUCCCACAUCUUCGUCUACGUGGUGAUAUAAUCACUUCGAAAAAUAGUUUGUCGGUGAAUGAAUAUCUACGAAAUAGAAAUAAUAAUCAUCAUAAUAAUAAUCAUAAUCAUCACAAUAAAUUUAGUCCAAAAAACAGCCAAGAAAAUUUAACAAAUGAAGACACUAUCCAUGAUUCAAUGGCAUUUAAAGAUGCUCCUGGAUUGCAUAAAUCCGAUUAUAAUUAUUAUUAUCAUCCAGUUUAUUCACCACCUUCGUCGUCGUCUUUGGAGAAAACCUCCAGUCAACAACAACAACAGCAUUCUCCGGCAUCCAUAAAUUCUGAUGAUAUUCACGUAGAUGAGAGAUUAUCGAUUCUGUCUGAUGUAGGCGGUGGACAUGCGCAUCCUAUUGAGAAGAACAAGAAGCAGAAAGAAUUAAUACAAGAGGCUGAGAAUAAUAAAUCUCCCAAUAAUCCCAGUGUUAGUAGCAGUCGUAGUCAUAGUCGUACCAGUAAUAAUGCUGUUAAAGAAACUCAUGAUAAAUUAAAAGACAUGAAAACUAGUGCAAAACCUGUACUAGAAAUUAGUAUGUAUAUAUUACUUGGCUUAUUUACUAUAAUUGGAUUAAUAUUUGCAGUGAAUUGUGGAGUAGUGGUUGUACGUUAUCGUUUAGACAAGUUGAAUAUGCAUCAAACAGACAGUGUGGAUAGUACUGCUACGAAUACUACUACUUGUCAUCAUAAAAGUAGUAUUGUUCAUGUUUGUUUUGGACGUAAGCCUAAUCAAUCACUUGAUAAUAAUAAUCACCAAUCACAAUCCAUACCACUCACUGAUCCAAUAUCGAUGAAUCAUGAAAUCACAGAUAAUCAUGUGACUAAUACUACUACUGCUACUGCUACUAAUAAUAGUAAUAAUCAAUUCAUGUUGUCUGUUUCUUCGGAUUCGCCAAAAUACAAUUGGAUGAUGUUGCAUCGUUCGAAAAGUACCGUUGAUAACCAUGAUAAAAUAUCACCGGUCAAUAUUGAUGAUCAUCAUAAUAAUAAAGAACGUAAACGUACUAAACGAUCUGCGACAUCAAUGUUUACUAGUCGUCAAAAACACAAGCCAUUAUUACAUCGUGAUUCAAGUUGGAUAUGGAUUGGUCGUCAACAAGUGAUGAUGAGUGAACAAAACGAAAUCGAUAAGAUGGACAAUCAUUCAGAAUUAACUAAUUUCAAUACAAGAACAUCAACACCUAUUACCAAUACUGCUACUACUACUACUACUAACAUUCAUCAUAACAAUAGUAGUAGUAUCGGCUUACCGAAACUUGAUUCUAGUUUAUCUCAUUCAACUAAACGUCCAGUACAAUUUAAUCAUGGCAUAAAGAAAAAUUACACUACAGCUGUAUUAUCAGUUGGUGAAGCGGAUGCAUUGCUAUUACAAUCACCAUAUCGUGAAAGUGUAUGGCAAGAUACGUUACGUUCAAGUACAACUGACUCUGACUCACGUUUUGUUUAUUUGCCAACACCGACGGAUCAUAUGACAAAACAAUCAUUUGGUUAUAUUGAUGAUUUACAAGCUAAUGCAUUAUUAUGUAACAAUAAUUCAUUGUCUAUAACUGGCAAUGAAUGUCAAACACUUGGUCGACAUUAUUCGAAACGUCAUACAACAACAACAACAACAGCAUUUACACAACGUAAUUAUCAGGGUCAAGAAUGCAGUAUCCGUAUAAUCAGUAAUCCAAUAUCAAAUAAAAAAUCACAACAUUAUCAUAAAAAACAACAAAUGAUUACUAAUCCACAAUUAUUUCUAUCCGAUUAUACAUCAGAUAAUAUAAAUUUUAUCAAUCAACAUAAUACUACUAAUAAUCAUGACAAUCAUAAUCCUAAUAAUAGUAGUAUAAAUGACACUUUAACCAAAUCUGUCAUAGUUAGUGGAAGUGCCAAUAGUGCAGCAUCAUUACAUCGCAGACAAAUACCAACCAAUGAAUUCAAUGAUCAAUGUACUCACGAUAACACCUUAUCAACAACAACAACAACAACACCAAAUAUGAAUCCAUUAAAAACUAUUCAUAGUAUAACAAAUUCACCAUUAUUGACAACAUCAUUGUCAACUAAGCAUAAAUAUGAUCAAAUAUUAUCUAAUAUACCAAUGAAUUUAUUAUAUCAUUGUAAAAAUCAACUGGAUUGGACUAGUUCUCAACACCAACCUGUUCAAUCUAAUCUAAAUCAAGAUUGGAUGAGUACAGAUUAUCAUAGAGAACAAGCUUUGCUGGAUUUGGAUCAUAAAGAUUCUUUAGAGCUUAGUAAUCAUAAUAAUAAUUGUACAAUAGAUCAACCAGAUUGUACCGCAUUGAACAUGUUCAAUGUAACAUCACCAAUUUGUCCAAUGAAUUCUUCACCAUGGCAAAUAAGACGAUCAUUUAAAAAAUCAUUAAAACAAAAUCAAUUUGAUUGUUGUACAAAUAAUAAUGAAUUGUGUGAAUUACACAAUCCGCUACUUGAUCAUACGAAUAAUGAUAAUAAUCAUACUAAUGAUAAUCAUAUUGAUGAAAUGUUAGAAUUCAAUGAAGCGAAUACAUUGAAUCAAAAUCCUCCAUAUCCACCGAUAAGAACUACAAGUCGUGGUGUGAUUGGAUAUCAUACACUUGGUCAUUUAACAAGACAUCGUCAUCAUCAUCAUCAUCAUCCGAAUGAGAAUAGUGAUAAUAAUAAUACUAAUAAUAAUUCAAGCAGUCAACAGGCACGUCCACUUAGUUUACCACAAAGUUUUCAUGUAACCAAUGAAUUAUACUCAGCAUUAUGUCAAACUGAUUCUUCUUCUAAAGAAUAUUUAAAACAUUUCAAUGAAAAUGUUUAUAAAACUAAAUCAAAUAAUAAUAAUCAACCAUCAAAAAUAUGUCAAGAUUGUUUGUUGACUUCAUCACCUUCAGCAUCGCCAACAUCAUCACAUGAUAUUUUCUCAAAAUAUUCAAACAAUCCACAUCUACAACAACAACAACAACAACAAAGUCCAAGUGAAGAAAGUCUCUGGUGGUAUCAUCCAGUGGUACAACACAGACAACAACGUGGACGCAGACAACGACACAAGCGUAAACAUGACUCGAAAUUAUUAUGUGAUGAAGACAGCCAAUCUAGUGGUGGUCAUCAUCUUGAGCAUCAUCAUCUUGAAAUUCCUAAUCAUCAACAUCAUCAUUCAACAACCACAACAACCACAAAACAUCAACAACCACAUUGUGUAUUAGACCAGCCAAAUGAUUUAUCAAUUCCAAUGAUUAAAACACAUCAUACUACUGAAUUACCAAUUGAUAAACUGACAAACUGUUCAUUAUAUUCACAUACUAAUGGAAUGGAUUCAAGUGGAAAUUUAUGUGAACAUAUGGAACAAACCAAUGUGAAUUCAAAUGUUGUCACAUCAAUUCAUUCACUAGUAAUCAAUAGUACCAAUAAUAACAAUACACAGGACUCAUUAACACCAUCAUCCUCAUCUUCAUCGUCAUCCUCAUCAUCAUCGUCAGCCUUACAACAUCAACAGCAACAACAACCACAUUCCAUAAAGUCACACAAUCCAUCCAAUUAUCAUAAACAUUCAACUCAUCGGAAUUCACAAUUAGAUUUAAAUUGGGAACAAGAAUUAUUAUGUCUGUCACAUGAUCGAUUAGUCGCAUAUUUUGCUGAAAUGAAAGAAUCCAAUGCUUAA